AUGAGUAUCAAAAUAUGCAUCGUCGUUGGUUCCCUGUGUCCACCUUGUCUAGAUUAUCAACUCUUACUUUCUGAGAAUCAUGUCGAGUGUGUACAGUGUGGACAUCGUUUGCGUGUACUGCAGCACUGUACCAAGCUGGUUGCUGUUUUGGGAGUAGCCCCACCGGGCGCGUAG